CUGCCAACCAUCCAUCCUGAUGACGUCGUUCAACUGCCAUACCUCAGCUUAUAAGCCUCUGGUUGCCAGCAUGCUUCCAGUACAAGAACAUCCGUUCAAGAACUACCCUCAAUUGCUACAACUACUACCACUACAACCACUACAACCACUAUUACUGCUUCUUUAAACAUACCCCUCAACAUACACCUCAUACAUUCCACCAUGUCUUUCAUCGCUCGCAUCGCCCCUGUUGCCCGCACCGCCUCCGCGGCUCUCAAGCCCACUGCUCCCUCCAUCUCCAUCGGAGCCACUCGCGCUCUCUCCUCCAGCGCCUGCUUGAACAAGGGCCCCGUUGAAUCCGCCAAGGACACUCUCAAGGCCGCCGAUCGCACUGUCUCCGAUGCUGCGGUGAAGGGUAUCGAGGUUGGAGAGACCGCCGCCGAGAAACUCAAGGGUACCGUGGGCGCUGCCUCUGGCCAGGCUCAGGCCAAGACCGGAGAACUGCAGGGUGACGCUGCUGAGUUGGCCGGGAAGGGCAAGGGUAAGGCCGAGGAGGCUUUGGGUCAGGCCAAGGGUGCUGCUGGCCAGGCCAAGGGCAAGACGGACGAGCUCCUGGGUGAGGCCAAGGGCAAGGCUAAGGAAACUGCUGGUCGGUUCUAGAUGAGAGCAUUCUCUUUUUUAUUUUAUGCGCAUGUGGUUUUUUUUUUUUUUUUUUU